AUGAACGAAAAAAAUGGCAGUGGAGAGUUUUAUUUAGAUCAUUUGUCAGACUGUCCUGACAGUAAUUUAGAAAGUGAUAAUAUUGACGAAAGUGAUAGUAGCGAUAUAAUAAUUCAAAAACAAAGAUCUGUAUUGCCACUAAGAUACAGCGAUUCAGAGGACGAAGAAAUAAGUAUCAUAGAAGACGAUUUAAAUAACAAUGAAGAUGACGAUGAGAUAUGGUCGAGGAACGACGAAGCAAGAAUUUUGAAGCCGUUCGACGGCAGCCCUGGAAUAAAAAUUACGCUAGCUUCUCCUGAAAAUGUAAUGGACAGUGUCAAUUUAUUUAUUGGAGACGACUUUUUCGAGCACCUGGUGAUGGAAUCGAACAGAUAUCAUUACCAGGUCAUGGAAAGAUAUCAAAUUCCAUCAAAAGCAAACAAAUGGACUAAUAUCACCGUACCGGAGAUGAAGAAGUUUUUAGGACUAAUAGUUCUAAUGGGACAAAUAAAAAAAAACGUCCUCUACGAUUACUGGUCGACCGAUCGAACUAUAGAAACUCCAUUCUUCGCACAGGUGAUGAGCCGAAACAGAUUUGUGCAAAUAAUGCAGAGCUGGCAUUUUGCGAACAAUGACAACAUACCUAACAAUGCACAUAGGCUUGCUAAAGUCCAGCCUGUGAUUGAUCAUUUACGGCGAAAAUUUAAUGACGUGUAUAAACCCAGUCAACAACUAUCUUUGGAUGAAUGCAUAAUUCCGUGGAGAGGCAGACUCUCGAUUAGAACGUACAAUCCAGGAAAAAUUACGAAGUACGGGAUACUACUGAAAAUGGUGUGUGAAGCUGUCACAGGUUACAUCUGUAAUUUCCACAUUUAUGCUGCUGAUGGAAACAAAUUAGAAGACACGGUGUUAACAGUUCUUGAACCAUAUAAAAACUUAUGGCAUGAGAUUUAUCAAGAUAAUUAUUACAAUAGUGUCAAAAUGGCCCAAAUUAUCCUAGAAAAUAAGAUGCGAGUGUGUGAAACCAUUCGCAAAAAUAGAGGUCUUCCUCAAUCGCUAAAAACUCUACGACUUACAAGAGGACAGUACGAAUUUCGCAGGAAUCGUGAAAUUUUGUUAGAAGUAUGGAAUAAUGGCAGAAGAAAUGUGAAUAUGAUUUCUACCAUACAUUCUGCACAACUGAUGGAAUCCAGAAACAGAAGCAGAAGAUCCACAGCCUCAAUACAAAAGCCUAAUUCCAUCAUGAACUAUAAUAAAUAUAUGAAAGGCGUAGAUCGCGCGGACCAAUAUCUCGCGUAUUACUCUAUUUUCCGAAAAAUAAAAAAAUGGACAAAACGGGUUGGAAUGUUUUUCAUCAAUUGUGCAUUGUUUAACUCAUUCAAACUAUACACAGUUAUAAAUGGAAAAAAUAUUACCUAUAAGAAUUUCCUGCAUAAAGUGGCAAUUUCGUGGACGGCAGAUAGUGAAGCUAAUUCUACGGAACACGAUGACAGUCAACCUAUUCCUGAACCUACAAGGAGAGUAGCCAGAUCAGACCAUCCUGGAAGACUAUCGAAUUUCGGGAAGCACAAACUUAUAAAUAUAGUGACCAGUGAUCGAAAUUCCAAACCCCUAAGACAAUGUAGAGUUUGUGCAGUUCAUAAAAAAAGAAGUAGAACAGGUUUUGUUUGUAAAUUUUGCGAAGUUCCAUUACAUAAAGGCGACUGUUUUAAACGUUAUCAUGCUUUAAAAACAUAUUAA